AUGGCAGAUGAAAAUGAGUCGGUGAUAAGUGAAAGUUCUAAAAAACGGGGUUUCCUGAAUAACGAAGAUAGAAAGGCUAUAUGUCAAAUAUUGCUUUGCUCUAGUGAUGCUAAUGGAAAUCUAAUUGGAACUGGAGUAGUAGAACGGGUAGCGGCAUCAUACAAUGUUCAUAGAAGUGUUAUUUAUCGCAUAUGGAAACAAUUAAAGGACACAGGUAAUGUUUGUCAUAAUAGAACACAAAAUUGUGGAAGGAAACGAGUUCAAUUAGAUUUGGAGUUAAUGCGUCAAGUUCCAUUAUCAAAACGGUCAACCUAUCGAUCUCUCGCUUGUGCUCUAAAUAUUCCUAAGACAUCAUUGGUAAGGUUGCAUAAGGUCGGAGUGAUACGACGGCAUACAAACACACUUAAGCCUUAUUUAAAAGAGGAUAACAUGAUUGCUCGUUUAAGGUUUUGUUUGUCGAUGAUUGACAAAAAUAGCUUACCUCAUGAUCCGAAGUUUAUUUCUAUGCAUAAUAUUGUGUUCAUCGAUGAGAAGUGGUUUUAUAUUACCAGGAAUAAAGUUACUAAUUACUUGCAUGUGGAUGAAGAAGAGCCACAUAGAACCUGUAAAAGCAAAAAUUUUAUAAGUAAAGUUAUGUUCUUAUGUGCAGUAACUAGACCAAGGUUUGACAAUGAAGAAAAUGAGACAUACUCUGGAAAAAUUGGUAUAUUUCCUUUUGUGUAUGAACAACCCGCAAGAAGGAGUAGUGUCAACAGAGUUGCGGGGACAAUAGAAACAAAGCCUAUAGCUUCUGUUACAAGAGAGGUGAACAAAGCAUACUUGAUCAAUAAAGUUCUACCUGCCAUUGAGAACAUGUGGCCAAGAGAAGAUGUAGGGAAGAAAAUCUUUAUUCAGCAAGAUAAUGCAAGGUCACAUAUUAGUAAAGAUGAUCCGAAUUUUUGUCGUGCGGCAAGUGAAAGUGAGUUUGAUAUUCAAUUGACAUGUCAACCCCCUAAUUCACCAGAUUUGAAUGUCUUAGACUUAGGCUUUUUCAAUGCCAUUCAAUCUUUACAGCAAAAGGAACCGGUAAAGUCAAUUGAUGAGCUUGUUGGUGCAGUUCAAAAAGCAUUUGAUGAGUUUUCUACUGUGCAAUCCAACAAAAUUUUUAGCACUCUUCAAUCAUGCAUGAUUGAAAUAAUGAAGAUAAAUGGAUCUAACAAGUAUAAAAUUCCCCAUAUGAAGAAAGACAUGCUAUAUAAACAAGGUGGCAUACCGGUUCAAAUGAGUUGUGAUUCUUCACUGGUACAAGAAGUCACUGAAUAUCUUCAAAAUUAUGAUUCUUAA